AUGAAUCUAUCAUCCUAUGGCACAACAUUUGUUGAUCUYAAAUAUAUGUUAGACACCAGUAUCGAUAGGAUAUCAUUGGUUAUACUGUUUCAAAGUGUCGGCUUUUUGUUGGGCUGUUGCUUUGGCUUUCUAUACAAAUGGCUUAACAGACAGCUAACUAUAGCCAUAUCGGGYAUAUUGUUGGCAAUUGUCGUYAUAUUGAUACCCUAUUGCGCUUAUCUAUGGCACCUGUAUCUGUGCUCGUUUAUCAUGGGCAUUGGCUACGGUGUCUAUUUCAAUAGUAAUAAUGUCUGGAUACUUGAACUAUUUGAAGACCGGGCCGGACCUAUACUACAGUUGUCCGGUUUUGUGUACGGCGCCGGUACCAUAUUGGGWCCAUUGCUCUAUCAGCCCUAUGUUACUGGUGAACUACUGGUKGUGCUAAGCGAUAACGAUAUCAACUAUGCCAUCAAUGUUUUAAAUGGUACCGGUAUACUGGAMUUGGCUAUGAACUCUAGUASYACUUAUUUUGUCGGCAAUACCACCACCACCACCACCAACACAACUAYAACAGCAGGUGUCGGCACUGUUUACGAUAGAGAAGCUGAAAGUAUUGUACGGCGAUCUCGACUUAAGAUACCGUUUCUMAUAUGCGGACUCAUUAUCAUCAUUGGCUCAUCACUAUUACUAGUACUAUACCUGUUCCGCAAAUACCGUAUCAACAAACUGGUCAUUGAACAGCAACAACAACAACAUAACAACAAAACAGAUAACAACACGGCUGCUACCGGUGCCGCCGCCACCACCAUCGAUAAUGGCAAAGUUACCGGCACUACAUGGYUGGGUCGACUGACCAUUUUUCUAUGUAUGCUAUUGUUUUCAUUUCACGCCGCCUCCGACGACUCGUACGUACAGUUUGCCGCCACAUAUCUCCAGUACAUACCCUUACGUUUGACGGCCCGGAUGUCGGCGGAAAUUGUCUCCUAUAUGGGCCUAAUGUUUACCGCCAGUCAAGCWGUUAGCAUAUUUGUAGCCCUAAAACUGCGGCCACACUAUAUGCUUGGCUAUCAUUUCCUGAUUAUGUUGGCGGGUAUAUUGCUUAUGUAUUUUGGUAAAUACUCGCURCAGCUUAUGUGGUCCGGUAUAUUGGUUAUGGCUUUCGGUAUAGGCGCUGUUUUUCCAAUUAUUUUUACAUUCAUGAGCCAUCAGAUUGAAAUUACCGAUCGUGUCGGYACACUGUUGAACUUUGCCUCCAAAAUACCCGGCCUUUUCGUCCCAUCCAUCAUUGGCCAGCACAUUGAUCUCAGUCCUGAUGUCUAUAUAUUUGUUAUGCUAUUUGAUUUGAUUGUCUGCUGUGUCCUAGUAGUGGCCAUACUAGUCAUGACCCGAAAGUUACAUAAAUAA